AGGGGGCCGUGUUUGCUGUGGCGCUCGUCAAAUCGCGGGGCAUUGUGGGGCGGAGGCGGCCUUUCCCUGCGUGCAGGCGAAACGGGAAAUCUUUCAAGUAAAUAACGGCCACAGAGGGGAAGAGAGGGACACGCAGAGCAAGGAAGGGAGGACAUUCAGGCAUUCGGGGAACGUGUCGAGCUCAGCCGUUAAUUUCUAAUAAAAGACGUCACGUUGGGAAGCAACAUGGGGCAAGAGGAAUUGAUGAACACCGCCGAAGACGUGGCGGAUCAGUUUUUGCGGGUAACUAAACAGUACCUGCCCCACUUGGCUCGCCUGUGUCUCAUAAGCACCUUCUUGGAAGACGGCAUUCGCAUGUGGUUCCAGUGGCACGAGCAGAGAGACUACAUCGAGGCGACCUGGAACUGUGGCUACUUCUUAGCAACAUGCUUUGUGCUACUGAACCUCGUAGGACAGCUGGGUGGCUGUGUCCUCAUCCUCAGUAGAAAUUUUGUACAGUAUGCCUGCUUUGGAUUGUUUGGCAUCAUAGCUCUACAGACGGUCGCAUACAGCAUUCUAUGGGACCUCAAAUUUCUGAUGAGAAACCUUGCCCUUGGCGGUGGUCUGCUCUUGCUGCUGGCCGAGUCUCGUUCAGAAGGAAAGAGCAUGUUCGCUGGAGUCCCUUCUAUGGGGGAGAGCUCGCCCAAGCAGUACAUGCAGCUGGGCGGCAGAGUACUGCUGGUGCUCAUGUUCAUGACUCUGCUGCACUUUGACUCCAGCUUCUUCUCUAUCCUGCAGAACCUUGUGGGAACUGCCCUAAUCAUCCUGGUGGCCAUCGGCUUCAAAACCAAGCUCGCAGCGUUGACCCUGGUGGUGUGGCUCCUAGUCAUUAACUUCUACUUCAAUGCUUUCUGGACCAUCCCUGCCUACAAACCCAUGCACGACUUCCUUAAGUAUGACUUCUUCCAGACCACUUCCGUCAUCGGUGGCCUGCUCUUGGUGGUGGCACUGGGACCAGGUGGAGUGUCCAUGGAUGAGAAGAAGAAAGAGUGGUAGACAAGAGUGGUGAAGGAUGAGAGGUUUGCCCAGCACCACUAACUUCCCCUUACCACCGGGACACAAAGACCUGCCCUGCUCUGCCCUGCCCUCCAGGCUCAGCAGGGUACACUGAUGUUUUUCUAGUUAUUUUUUAUUAUUUGACAGAAUCCACAGACACCAUCUCAUAGGUUUUUUUCUAUUGUCCACAAAACAGCUUUUGUUUGUUUAUUUUUUAGUUGGUUGCAAUAAUGUAAUUUUUUUUUAAAUAAAACAAUUUGCAAACUGUAAUUAUUACACCUGCAACAACAACAAGUAAUAAGUAAAGUCAAGGAGAGAUUUAUAUGUCAUGUGUUGUCAGAAGAUGAAUGAAAAUAACUUAUUGUGUUUCAUGGGUGUUUUGCUAAACAUUAUCGUAUGUUAAUUUCAAUAUUUUCUGACUUAAAACCUGGCCUGUUUUAGCCAGUUUCACUGUCUGCCAUCGGACCAUGGUGUUGGAGGUUAACAUGUCGUAUUCUUAAAAUCUUGGUACUUAUUUGACAUGAGCUCGUGUUGACCUUCCAGGUUCUUUUCCUCUCCCCCCCUCCCCUCCGGCCUGUCCAUAGAGUUUGGACGUAUUCUGUCUCCACUGACUCCUGUUUGUGGAGCGUUGAAUCUGGAGGGAGAGUACAGUGUAUAGUGGUGAUAGAGAAUUUCAACACAUUUGUUAGCGGCAGGACUCGUUAUGGGGCACUUUGUACUGUACGUCUGUUGCAAAGGCCUAAUUAUUGACCUGUAUGUCAUGGGUGACAAAAGGGGAGGCAUGCAAGUGUUUGCGAAACACCGAAUUCUUCAGGACUAAGCAGAAUCACAAGUCACCUGAACUGUUGUGUAUUUCGCCCUGUGUAAGAAAAAAAAUUCAGUGUAUUAAUUUUCAGAAGUUUAUAUUGUAUUUUUGAUCUUUUUUUUUUUUUUUUUUUUG